UGUCAGUGUGUCUACGCGAAAUUGCGAAAACCAUAGGAUUCGGAAAUCGCAUCACCGAUAGCAAUCAAUAGCAAUGUCAGAAAAACUUUUGUUAAAGGGCUUAAGCCCUUUAACAAAAAGAGAUAAGAAUGAUUCUGCGACUUUGUCGGAAUUAUUUGACAGCGCUUUCGAAUUGUUUAACAGUAUUAAUGCUACGGUGGAGCCAACAAAUAGUUCAAAAGUACAGUUGGACAUAAAACGAACAAUGCGUAUGUUCGAGGAUGCAACGAGACUUGUAUCUAUAGUGGAUAUGUUUAGCGAUAAUGAAUCUUUUGAUGAAGUAGCCACAGAGAAUAUCAAGUAUUUUUUGUUACCGGCUUUAUUGGGCAAGCUUACCAAUCAAUUAUGCACUACUGAUGACAGAAUGCAUUUGGUUAAAGUAGCAGAAGUCUAUUUUGUAGAUUUUUUAAAGCGGUUAAAAGCAUAUAAUCUGGUAACAGAUGUUGAAAUACCAGAAAUUAGUUCAAUCGAUGAGAAAAAGGAAGCAGGAGAUAAUGAAAAUACAUCAGAAUCAAGAAUGUUAGAGAAUAUGGUGAUUCGUAGAAAUACGAAGUUACAAAGAUAUCAACAGGAAAAGGAUUUGGAAUCUCGUUUGGAUACUUUGAAGAAGAACUUCGAUAAUCCUAACAUUGAUGAUGAAUUAAAGAGGGAAUAUUUUAUUACUCUUAUAAAAUUAUAUGCAGUUCAAAUCGUUGAUGACUUAAAUUUAUUGAAAAGAGAAGAAGCGAUUUUAGAGAAUAUGAAGGAAAUGAAACCGAUGCAUACUUUGACUUCUGAAAUACAAAAAAAGCAAAAAUUACCAGUUCCAAAACUACAACCUAUUAUCAUUACACGUGAUGAAUUACAAAAGAAAGUUUUUGGAGCAGGCUAUCCAAGUUUACCAGUAUUAACGGUACAAGAGUUUUACGAGCAAAGGGUCAAAGAUGGAGACUGGCCCAAUCCAUCACAACAUAAUGCAACAAAUUCUCGGUGUUUACAAAAUAUGGCGAAUAAAAGUGUAAUCGGAAAUAAUGAAGAUAGUGAAACCGUUUUAAAGGAAGAGAAAGAAGAAAAAGACGAUCCUGAAUAUCUCGAACGACAGCGAGCAAUGGAUGAAUAUAAAGACACACAUCGUCGUGGGUGGGGUAAUCGUGCUAAUAGAAGUUAAAUAUCUAAAAAUAAAAUGGAUAUAAUUCUAUCCUCAGAAUGUGUUUUUUUUUUAUGUCU